CUGAGCAGCCAGUCUGCUGCUGUUGCAGCAGCAUCAUCCUCUUACACACCACAAACACAACGAGCGACUCUUUGAAAGGCUUGUCUGGAUUUUGCAUGGAUGCUCCUUUUUGCUACAGCAGGGAGUAACAGAAGUGUUUGGGCUAUAUGGAGGACAAGGAAUUGCAAGACCCAUCAUGCCAGAGCACUGCAGGAUUGACAUCAUUCCUCUAAAGCAGUGAUGAGUGAACAGGCACUGGUCCAUGUGCCUUCAUCACCAUGCCAGGGCCCUGGUUACCAGACGGCCCUGCACCGAGCCGCCACAGUGGGGAACAGUGAUGCCAUGGCUGCUCUGAUUCAGGGAGGCUGUGCUGUGGACCUGCAGGACAAAGACGGCAACACAGCACUGCAUGAGGUGUCCUGGCACGGCUUCUCUCAAUGUGUGAAACUGCUGGUCAAGUCAGGAGCUGAUGUACACAUCAGGAACAAGGCAGGAAACACAGCACUCCACUUGGCCUGUCAGAACGCACAUGCUCAGACUGCUCGCCUCCUGCUGCUCGGAGGAUCCACACCAGACACCAAGAACAACAUGGGUGACACCUGCUUGCAUGUGGCUGCUCGCUACAACAACCUGACGCUGGUAAAACUGCUGCUCGGUUCUCUGUGCUCUGUGACAGAGAGAAACCAGUCAGGGGACACAGCUCUUCAUGUGGCUGCUGCUCUGAACCAUAAGAAGACAGUUCAGCUCUUACUGGAGGCAGGGAUUGAUGGGAAAAUCAGAAACAAUGCAGGUAAAACAGCCCUUGACAAGGCCAGAGACAACAACCACAAAGAUUUAGCACAUCUCCUGGCCAGAGCUCCUCAGGUGCAUCGCUUCAUGCGAGGAAGAACAAUAAGGAAACGAAGAGAAAGACUGACAGCUGAGCGCAGGACCCAGUCUGUCACAAGAGUAGACAUUCUACCAAACAAAGACAGCAGUUCUGCGGUGGAGGAAACCCCCAGCAGUGAAAAAAUGGAGAGCAGAACUGUCACUAAGGUUGGUCCUCACCACCAUCAUCAGCAGCAGCAUUACAAAAAGAACCCAGCAGCCACUAUCAGCAGCCCCUACAGCCACCGAAAGAGGAGGAGAGUCAGGGAACAGGCCUUGAAUAGAAAUGAUCUUAGAAAAGGCAAGAAUGACUUUCACGCUAAGAAGAAUCUGCUGUGGGAUGAUGGUGAAGAUUCUGCUGAGAAUGGAAAAAUCUAUCAGCUUUACACACUGUACCGAGACAAGGAUGGCAACAUUAGACAGGCCCCAGCUAAUGGAUGUCAUUGUAAGCCCCUGCUCAAGAAGCUGGAGGGCCAACUGAAAGCCACGCAGGAGGAAAUGAGGCUGCACAUCCUCAACAUCCAGGAGGAGGUCAACUGUAGACUGGGCAAAAUGGACCACAGGAACAAACACCAGAUGAAAGUGUUGGACAUGCUGAAUCAGGAAAGAGCGGCAGCAGAGAGGAAGAACAUAAUCUACAAGAUCGAGCAGAGAGCUGCGCAGGGGAAAGAGGAAGCCCUGAUGACACAGGCAGCAGUGACCCAUGAACUGAAAAGAUGGUGUAUGUCCCAGUUGAAGGACAUGGACGUCCACAUCGCAGCCAAAAGCCAGUAUUACAAACUCCUCCCCUCACAGUCUGUGGAGCAGUCUGUAGCAGACGCUGACCUGGAAUCACUCCCCCUGCUGUCUGUGGUAUCCGGAGACAGCAGCACUUCACUGGCUACCUACGUCAACAUCCUGCCAUCUAAAUCGACAAACAGUGUAGGAGGCCAGGAGCAGGAGGGGAGCAGGACAUACUUUGAAAUGAAAGUGGACAGGUCACCAGAAGACUAUGAGAACACAGCCCUGUUCCCUCUGCAUGCCAACCACAGCUCAGGCAUCCUGCUGGGCACUGUUGACCCCCUCUGUCAGCAUCCAGGAGUGCAGGACAGUUCCACUGCAGCAGUGGUGCCCCUGUAUGGGGAGGGCUUCUCAAGCAGCAGCAGCCAGUCCAGCAUCAGCGACGGGGGACCCAGACCAAUCCAACAGCAGCAGUUUAGCUCUGACAGACAAGAAAGGAAGCACUUUGGAGAGCUGAUGAGUGCAGGCAGGCAUACAGGAGUACACAGUGAGGGCAGCAGAACACUGGAGUUCUUCAUUGAUCGUCCCACUGAGCCCACAUUCAGGCAGGAAAGGAACAAUCAACAUGCUAUGGAGGUGACUCAGCGCUUCUUUGAGACGGUGUCAACUCAGUUGGAACGCUGGUACGAGAGGAAGCUCGUGGAGGUGGAGCAGCAGACGGAGCUCAGAGCCCAGCAGGACAGGAGGGAGCUGCUGCAGCAAAUAAGCAUGCUGGAGGAGGAGCUUGAGAGGUUGAAGACCAAUGAGAAAGCAGAAGGCCUGUGCACCCUGACAGUGACUAAUGACGAAGAAAGAGUGACGGAGAAUGGAUUACCUUCUGCACUUUGAAAUUUAGCUGUGUCAGCAUGAAGGGUCUUUGCAGGGAUGUGAAAGUGGAGGCAGUGAUCUUACGGGCAGUAGGGGGAGGUUGUUACCGGGUUGGCGAUAUGUCCAUGUGUGUUUGUAUGUAUGUAUAAUGGUUUGUGUUAAACAGGGAGACAUUAUUGAUAUUGAGGAAUGGGUUCCAACAUCCCUGAAAUUAAUCUAUUUGUUUUUUGUUUUUUUUAAUGUUACUUGUGUUACUUUAAUGUUAAUGUUACUUGUUACUUGUAACUCUUUAAAUGUAUUCAGAUAGUAAAAGGUGCCACUUGGAAAUUGAAAGGAUUAUUUCUGUCUUUCCAGUUUAGUAAAAUAUCCUUUUUACCAAUUGUUUAGGCAACUAGUAUGGGUUGUUCACAUUUCAGUGGUGGUUCAACUGAGGAGAGAUCUCACAGCAGACAUACAGAGGAUAUUUUGUGUAAUGUAUGUCCAGAAUGUUUGAAUCAGGGGGCAGAGCCAGAUGGCAAGAAGGUAGCCAUCUAUGGUAUUGAAUGUGCUGUGUGUACAGGUGUCAUUGUCUGAGAAUAAGCUGUAGUUUGGAGUUAUGCAUCAUUGAGAAGACUUUGUUGUAGAUGUGCUUCCAGGAUUUGCUAUAAAUGGUGACAGCAAGAUCUUUUCCCAGUCAUGGACAGGUCAUCAGAGAUGGUUGUCUGUUUUUAUUAGAAGUAUGCAAGUUUUUGAAUUAUGAACGCUAUUCUGAGUGGCUUUGAGUUUGAGUUGAUUGGACAAUGGGGGUGGUUCCAGAAAGCUGGUAGAUGUGGUGAUGUUUCCUUUUAAACAGUGUUUUAGUUGUGAAUAAUGCAAAAAGCUCUUUUAGUGUUUUGUGAGGAAUAACUGAGCCAUGAUCAAAUAAGAGUGUGAUUCCUUGUCCUUUUCCAUGAAUAAAAUGCUAGUGGUUUGUUUUUUGAUCUGAUAGUCUGCGUUGUGCAAGAUAGGGGUACAUUUAUUUGAGGUUGUCAGGCGUCCACUUUUUUUUCUUUUUUUUUUUUUUGGUGUUGAAUUCCACCAAAAGGUCAGAGUCAUUAAAUUGAUCAUAAUCAUAUUGUUCUAUAUCCAGCCAGGGGUGUUGUGAUUGUUGAUUUUCUUGCAACCAUAUGACUAUAUACUGUAGAUGAUUUACUAGGGGGUAGAAUUAGAAAUUUUGGGCAGCCAGGCCUCCAUGGUCUCUUGAUUUGUGCAGAGUAGAUCAUUUAAUUAGUGGUUUAUCAUGUUUCCAGUGAGAUUUGGUCGAGAUAUAGUCUAAAGUGUGGAACAAAUAUGUAGGUUGGACCAGGGUUAUAGAGAAAAUAGUUUAUUUUUGGUAGUAUAGUAAUUUUCACUACUGCUAUUAUUCCAAUUAGUGAGAUCAACAAGUUGUCCCAGAGGGUGAGGUCUUCCUUGUUGCUUUUUAAUAAUGGAGCAUAAUUCAGAAGGAAAAUCUUUGACAGCUUGGUAAAAUUAUUUACAGCAAGGUAUCAUGUAUAUAAUGUUACCUGUUACUGUAACAGGAAUUUAGAUGCAGCAUUCCAGUCUUCCUCACAGAGCGGUAGAAUUUUAGAUCAUAUAAAUUUAUGGAAUUAUCAGAAAUGUUUGAGAAUAUGGGUGUGAGAUCAGUGACUUUUGGUAGGGCUGUUAAGGGAUUUUGUUGGGUAUAAGAGGAUGUCAUCUGCGUAUAAACUGAUUUUGUGGUGAAAAUGUCUUAUUUGUAUACCUGUGAAACUGUAUGGCAGCUGCAAGAGCUUAAGUGAAAAUGGCAAGCAAUAAUUGAGAGAGGGCACCUUUUAUGUGCCCCCUGCAGUGUGAAGCAUUGAGAGGUGUGAAUAUUGGUUAUGUUGGAAAUACUUGAUAUUUUAUCUGAAUAGCAGAGUCUGUAUCAUUAUUACUAUUAUUAAUAGUUUAAUUAGUUUUAUUAUGAUUAUUAGAGAUCAUAAAAAGUUGUGUUUAUGUCUUUUGGGUCAUACAUUAAAUUCGUGUGUGUCUUGAAUUGCUGUAAUGAGUGAUCUUUGUUUCUUUUUAGCUGAUUGACAAAGAAUUUACCUUUAUUUCCAUCGUGUUCAAAGACCCAGUUACUUGUAUGAAUUGGGUCUGUCAAUGUAUGAUAUUUUGGAGCUGUGUCUUAAUUUCCUGUAUUUCAUUAGUGGACUGAGGAUGUUGGGAGUAUGGGUGUUUCAGUCUAUGUUCCAGGUCUGAUGUUUUUUCAUUCCUUCUUUUUUUUCCUCGUUAAAUGUGGAAAGUGAGGUGAUAUGUCCCCAAAAGAACUGCUUUUGAUGUUUCCCAAAGUACUGAUGGUGAUAUGUCUGGGGAGUUGGUCAGUUCAGUGAAGGAGGUCUGCUCUUUGGAGAGGAAGUGAAGUGUUGAACUGUUGAACUUGAGGGGGGUGGGGCUGUUUCAUGUACUAGAUUAGAGCUGACUGGACCAUGGUUAUAUGUUAAUAUAUGAUAUAUAUAACAUAUAUAUAUUUCUGAAUUAUAAUGUAUUAAGCCAAUUCUCAACUAUAAUUUCCUUGACAGACAUCUGGUAGUUUUUAUGAUAAAUAUUAUCUUUUGAUAUUAAAUCCAAUCAGCUAUUUCCAAAGUCAACAAUGGGCAUUUAAACUCAAUUAAUAAUGUUUUAUUUCUUUAUUACAAGGAGCACUGUUCUUUACAGCAUUAUCUUUGACUGAUGAUCAGUUCUAGCAUCUUUUUAAUGAAGAUUAUCUGUAAAUAAAACCAGCUGAAUGAGUGUUUUACCCAAAA